CGGUGAAUGAACAUGUUGGGUAGAAUCUAAUGACGUGGCUAAUGCUUCUAGCGGCCUACUACCUAGAUGGGCAGUUCAAUUCACUCCGCAAUGGUUGAAUAAGCUCGCGUAUGGCGUGCGGGGGACUUGCGGAGAAGGGCAGCCGAAAACCCGGCAUGAAUGUAACCAUCUUCAUCCAUUCACGUCAGCCUCACCGUAGUCCCUCUUCCGCCCAGUCAAUCAGGCCGCCGAUGCCAUGCCUAGAGACAACUCUCCUACUCAUGCCGAGACUGGCUGCUUGGUCUGUCGAUCACGAAAGGUGCGGUGUGACCGUACAAUUCCAAGCUGCCGUAAAUGCCAUCGUUUAGGUGUGACAUGCCCGGGCUACGAGCUCGAUCAUGGAUCUAUCUCCAGAUCUGAGAUGCUCAAGUCUACCAAUGACAUCUUCAAGGCCGCCGGCAUCGAGAAGAGGCGCGUCGGGUCAUGCCAUGAGUGUCGCGCUUCGAAAAGCAGGUGCACGAGAACGAAGCCGGCGUGUCAAAGAUGCGUCGCGAAAUGUCUCAAGUGCGUCUACCAUUCCAAGGCCGGUGAUCAAGACGACUCGAGUGCUAGCCCAUCUGAUCAUAUCCAUCUACUGGAGCGUGAUCAGUUGCUCCCGGGUCUCGAUGCUCGUUUGUACUCGGAUACAAUCCCCGAAGACCCAAAGUUAAGGAAUCACCUUAUCAAUAUCUACUUUGAUCGGUUCCACAAUUUGAGAUGUUUGGGAUUCAUCCACAAACCGUCUUUCAUGCAUUCCAUGGCUCAAGCCAGCGCCGUCCAGGAUUACGGCGAGCCUCUGCUCUAUGUCAUGUGCGCACUAAGCGCAAGAUUCUUAUAUCUCGAAUCCUUGACAUCCUCGUCAAUACCCAAUUUUUCCGCGCGUCCCGUUCCGGGCGAGCUGUGGGCUGAGAAAGCCCGCAGAAUGGUGCUGGAAGAUAUCCAUCUCCCCACGAUCCAGCACGUAAUGGCAAUGAUUUUGCUUUGUGAGUACGGACUCAGAACGGAUCAACACUCCUUGGCUUUCAUCCUAUCCGGCUGCGUGUUUCGUACUAUGCGGCUUCUGGGUCUUGACAAUCCGCCAGCAACCUUGGACGCCACAGAGCCACAGCCACACAGUCUCAAGGAAGAGAUAGAAUACAGAGUCGUUUGGUCUUGUUAUACGCUCGACGUUUUUAUGUCUUCCGGAGUAAACAAGAAUUCCUCAUGGAGAGAAGACCUUCCACAGAUACCACUGCCCCGUUCCGACAAGGAUUUUCUUCUUCAAACCCCUUCUCCUCAACAUUUCCUGUCUUGGGUUGAAUGCCCGAGCACACUUCCCUUUGUCAAAGAUUUAGAUCUUCCAUCCUUAGUCGCUAUCUUGAUCAGACUUCGGGGCAAAGUUCUCAGACUUAUCCGCACUGAGCCAUCGUCUGAGAUGAACAUAUGGGACUCUGCAUCUCCAUUUAUGUUCAUCAUCCAGCAGCUCGACACAUUCUACGAAAAUCUUCCAGACAAAUUUCGCAUUACCGACCUUAACACGUACAUUCACAAGGAUCAGCAUAUCCUUGGCGUUGUGUUUUCACCACAUCUCAUGUACAACGCCGCAAUUUUCGACCUCACGAGAACAUCUCUCGCGGGCUUUAGCUUUCCACUAGCAGCCUCUUUCCUCCAUAGCCCUCCUGAGUUCCGGUCCAGGUGCCAGGAACGCUGCCGCUUUCACGCCAACGCCGUAUCUGAUUUGAUUCAAAAAGGAUUGAUUCACGGACGAGACGCUUUUGAAGACAGUUUUUGUGCAGACGCAGCACUAGAAUCUGCAAAAGUUCAGAUCAUCCAUUCGGCAACGGUGGUGGGCGGCGACGACUCCACGAACAAGACAGGACACAACAUAAGGAAAAUACUUGAAUUCCUUAACUUCUUGCACGUGGAUAAGGAUGGCCAUAGUACCCAUCUACGUACCAUACUACCACUGUGUGUGCUCUUCGGGUUCCGAGACAUUGCUGAGGAAUGGCAGUGCUCCCCAACGCCUCACCAAAUGUCCCCAGAGGUUACUGGCUCCGCUGCCGUCCAUCAUCUGUCCAAUCUGGCACCAUUUCGUCGGGCUCAAACCGAGUUGCGCGCACACCAGAACUCCAGCCCCAGAACUCUCUCCUCUUGCGAAAUACAAGAUUCGCAACAACGACUGCUUCCAGGUCGUGAACAGCCGCCCAAUAUUUCGUUCAAUGACGCCACGGCAGGAAGAUCCCAAGAGCAACACACCCACUCAGUAACACGCGCAAGAGGGCUUGCUCCUUUGCAGCAUGCAGUGCCAGCGAUUGGACAAGGCAUGGAGUCAAGCUGGGUUGAUGAGCCAGAAAUGAUGGAUAUGGAGAUUGCCCAACCGUCUGUAGAGGAUUACAUUCGAACGGCGGGUGAAAUGUCAGACUACUUGACGUGGAACAUGAGCGACUUAUCUGAACUGCCUAUUUGGACAGAAUUUGGUAAUCAAGGUCCUGCCUAGUGAAGUUUUGCGGCAGUAGUAGCCAAUACCUAGUCAGGGUGCUGGUUGUAGCACUAAACUUUUGUCUUUAUUGUUUAAAAUACUGCAUGGCCUUGA